ACCAGCGCAGUGGGGCCAAGAUGGCGGCAGCCGAGGGGCCCGCGGGCGACGGAGAGCCGUGGCAGUCCUGGCUUCCCAACCACGCCGUGUUCUUGCGGCUCCGCGAGGGGCUGAAGAGCCAGAGCCAGAGCCCGGCCGAAGCCGAGAAGCCGACGUGUUCCCCGUCGCCCUCGUCGCCGCCGCUGCUCACGAGGAACCUGGUGUUGGGCCUGGGCGGAGAGCUCUUCCUGUGGGACGCGGACGACAGCUCCUUCCUGGUGGUCCGGCUGCGGGGCCUCGGCGGCGGGGGCGAGGAGCCCUCCCUCUCCCAGUACCAGAGGUUGCUUUGCAUAAAUCCGCCCCUGUUUGAAAUCUAUCAAGUCCUGUUAAGUCCCACGCAGCAGCAUGUGGCACUCAUAGGAAUGAAAGGACUUACGGUGUUAGAGCUGCCCAAAAGAUGGGGGAAGAAUUCUGAAUUCGAAGGCGGAAAACUAACAGUGAACUGUAGCACCACGCCUGUCGCCGAGAGGUUCUUCACCAGCUCGGCCUCCCUGACUCUGAAGCACGCCGCCUGGUACCCGAGUGAGCUGCUGGACCCCCACGUCGUGCUGCUGACCUCGGACAACGUGAUCAGGAUCUACUCUCUCCGUGAGCCUCAGACACCCGUCAAGGUCAUUGUGCUUUCAGAAGCGGAAGAGGAGAGCCUGAUACUCAAUAAAGGAAGGGCAUACACUGCAUCUCUGGGCGAGACAGCGGUGGCGUUUGACUUCGGGCCAUUGUCAGCGGUCCCGAAGACCAUGUUUGGACAGAAAGGCAAAGGUGACAUAGUGGGGUACCCGCUGUACAUCUUGUACGAGAACGGAGAGACCUUCCUCACGUACGUCAGUCUGAUUCACAGCCCCGGGACCGUCGGGAAGCUGCUAGGCCCGCUGCCCAUGCACCCCGCGGCAGAGGACAACUACGGCUAUGACGCCUGUGCUAUCCUCUGCUUACCCUGUGUCCCCAACAUCCUGGUGAUCGCCACGGAGUCGGGCAUGCUGUACCACUGCGUCGUGCUGGAAGGGGAGGAGGAAGACGAGCAGACGUCGGAGACGUCCUGGGACCCCAGGGCCGACCUCGUCCCCUCCCUGUACGUGUUCGAGUGCGUGGAGCUGGAGCUCGCCCUGAAGCUGGCGUCCGGAGAGGAUGACCCCUUUGAUUCUGACUUCUCUUGUCCCAUCAGACUUCACAGAGAUCCCAAGUGUCCCUCGAGGUACCACUGCACUCACGAAGCCGGCGUCCACAGUGUCGGGCUGACUUGGAUUCAUAAGCUUCACAAAUUUCUCGGGUCAGGAGACGCUACCGCUGACCUCAUGGUGACGGUGUUCAAGGUUAUGACGGGGAACCGUGAACAGCUCCGCGCCACAUAG